AUGGUUGUUGACAUUCUUUAUGUUAAGUAUAUGAUAUGUCAUAUAGAGAAUGAGAUCAAGCAGUCAGCCAAAGCGUCAACCACAACACCCACAACUGCAUUCACAACCACAAUUUUUAUUAUUACAAUCACGACUACAACUACGACCAGAAUUGCAAUCACAACCACAACUGGUCACAAUCACAACCACAUCCAUAACUACAACUACAACUGCAAUCACAACACUCAUAAACAACCACAACUGCAAUCAUACUAUAACACACUGGCAACCGCAACUGCAAUCACAACUAUAACUACAACUGAAAUCACAACUACAACCACGGCCAAAAUUGCAAUCACAAUAGCAACCGCGACUACAAUCACAACUGUAAUCACAACUACAACCAUAUCCACAACUGCAAUCACAACCACAACCACAACCACAACUGCAAUAACCACUCCUAAACCUACACCGCCCUCAGCCGCACCACAGCGAUUCCUUCCCGGUUAA